AUGUCGACUCAGGCGGCCGUGAAACACCAUUUCAUCGUGUAUGCCCCGGAUUCUACUGAUCCGGAGGCCCUCUCCCGUCGCUUGUCCGUCCGGCCGAGUCAUCUCGAAAAUGCCAAGAAGCAGAAGGAGAUCGGUUUCCAGAAGAUCGGCGGAGCCAUGCUCACGGAAGACUCGUUGACUGCCUCCGCCGCUGAUCGCAAGUUUGUUGGUUCUGUCAUGAUCUUCGAGGCGUCCUCUAUCGAUGAAGUGAAGAAAGCGAUAUACGAGGACGUGUACUACGUCAACAACGUCUGGGACCACGACAAGCUCGUCAUCUUGCCCUUCCUCUCCGCAGCGCCGCUUUCCUGA